AAUAUUUGUUUCUGGUUCGAACGUAAACAAAUUUAAUGUUCUGAUUCCUGAAGUUUUAUCAACAUUAUUCUCAUUAACAUUUGUUUUGGGUUUUUUCUAGCAGUAGUUUUUGUAGAAGGGUACAAUGUUUGCUGACGAGGUUUUGGAACCUGUUGAACUGAAAUCAUACUGGAAAAAAGAAAGAUCAUUGGCAGAAACAGGAAUACAAACAGGAAACCUUAGAACUCAGGAAGUUGGAUGUCAGUCAAUUAAAACAUUUGACGAAGAGACUCAAACAGAAAAUGAAAAUGAAGGCUUCUUGCGCCUAGCUGAGGACAAUUCACGCCAUCUUGCAGAGUUCCUGGCACGAGUUGAACCAAUGAUUGUGAAGACGUUGGUGAAAAACUUGAGAAGUCAUGCCUUUGAUGGGUAUGUACAGCAUCAUGAUGAAGCUUCUGUAACCUGCAUCCAUACACUGACACAUUCAGCAUUGGAGGAACAACUACAAGUUACCGGUUUGUCAUGGAAUGCAACUGGAUCUGUGAUUGCUGCCACGUUUGGGCGAUUUGACCAUGAAGACUGGUGUACGCACAAAGCUGCCCUUGGCACCUGGAACCUGGACAGGAGAACCCUGGACCACAACAAGCCAGACACCAGCAUCGAGUCAUCCAGCUGUCUGAUGUGUCUCCAGUUCCAUCCAGUGAACCCGGCGUGGAUUGCAGGAGGAAGCUUUAAUGGUGAAGUGCUGGUGUGGGACCUCAGUCGUGAAGAUGACCUGGUGUUGGCAACGUCCGGUAUUGGGGACGACGCUCACAGAGAGCCAGUCGCCAAAGUGCAGUGGCUGCUGGAUCCCGACUCAAAAACAAAACGAUACAAUAUCAUCAGUAUUGGUGGAGAUGGCAAAAUUUUGAUCUGGAGUAUGAAUAAGAAAAAACAAAAGCUGAAACUUAUUGAAGGGUUUGUUCUGAUGGCCCAGAGUCUGCCAAGAAGUAUGAAGGUUCGUGGAGUGCGCAGCGACAAGGAGGUGGGAGCCACGUGCAUAUCAUUUAAUCAGGAAGACAAGGAUACCUUUGUUGUUGGCUCAGAAAGUGGAUGCAUCUUCAAAUGUUCACUGCAUGCCAAAGGAAAUCCUGCUGGCAGUCAUGUAAUAUCAUCGGUACCCCUCCAUUCACCAGUGACCUUCACAUUCAAUCCACACCAUGGACCAGUUUACUCUGUAGAUUGCUCUCCCUUUCACCGGCUGGCUUUUGUUAGUUCAGGAAUGGACCAAUGUAUACGGCUGUACAGCAUGCUUCAAGACCGGCCAGUUGUAACUAUAGAACCAGGUGAUGGCUACCUACACUCAGUCCAGUGGUCACCAUUCCGACCAUCUGUGCUGGCCACGGCAUCAGCCAAUGGAUCUCUGCUGAUAUAUGAACUACUUCACGGACAGCUCGUUCCGGUUCACAAACUGGAGGCCAGCACAAAGAAGUCGUCACUCUUCACACUGAAGUUCAACUCACAACAACGUAAUCUUCUUUCAACUGGUGAUGGACUAGGCUACAUCAAGAUCUGGAAACUUGGUGAAAAUCUGACAACACUAAUGCCCAGAGAAAAUGAAUACCUUGGAAAUGUUAUCAAUGCAUCAACUGACUGAACCAUUUAAAAAUCUAAGAAGCAUCUGUGAUACUUUAAGACUUUGAUCACCACUAAAUUCAUAUUACAAUUUGUUGAAUACAUUACUUGACUAUUUAUUUGAAUAAAAUUACUAUACUAGA